CCUUUUUCCCUGCGAUUGUCAUUGCCCCCACCGAUUAUACUGCGUACUCCGCGCAGCUUGCCACCAACACUUUCACAAUCUACCUACGCAUUUGUGCCGACGAUAUGUCCGACAAACCCGGAGGCCACUCUCCGGAACGUUCACCGCGCCACUCUAGCCUCAAUCAGGACAACAGAUCGUCUCGACGAUCUGUAUCUCCUCGCCCAGAGUCAAGAUACAAGAGCGUGACGCGAAGUCCGUCCCUCGAUCGCACUCCCGGUCAGCGCAGGGACAAUCGAUUGAGAAGCCGGCCUCGAUCUCGAACGCGAUCUCGUAGCCUAAGCCGGAGUCAAACCUCAAGGUUGUAUGAGAAGGAGAAUGACAGCCGAUCGCCCAGUCCCUCCGUCGCGUUGCCACGAAGCUCCAAGAUUGUUGUAGAAAAACUCACGAAAAACGUCACUGAAUCGCAUUUACGAGAGAUUUUUGGGGGUUUCGGGGAGAUACAGAGCCUUGAUUUACCCAUGAACAAAGCUUUCAUGACUAAUAGAGGCACUGCCUACAUUUUAUAUCACGACCCUGCUGAUGCGGAGGCAGCUAUUGCACAUAUGCACGAAGCACAAUUAGAUGGUGCCAUCUUAAGCGUGUCCAUUGUCCUGCCCAGGAAAGCAUUCUCGCGCUCGCCGCAACCAAGUCGGAGCAAUAGAGGUAGCUUCGGUCGCCAAAGCCAGGGUCACGGGCCGCCACACCUAGAUAGUCGUGUAUCCCGCCGUUCUCCGUUUCCGCAGAGAUCAACGCCACCGCGAAGGGCUCGUCGUUCGCGGCCAAUGGAUAGACAUGAUGUCUAUCGGCCACGCUCAAUAUCGCGAUCUCGAUCCCCCCGCCGCUCCAGAUCAUACUCUUCAAGAACUCCCUCGACAUCACCAAGGAGACGGUCGCCACCUUCUCGCCCACGCCGACGUCGCAGUCCCAGCUACAGCAGUUAUGACUACAGCAGCCACAGUGAUAGGAGUCGAAGUCCGAGUCAGAGCAGAGGCCGUUAUCGGCAUGAUACCCCGAAGUAGGCUCAAACAUCGCGUGAUAUGCGGAAAGCAUUCACACCUAUUUUCCCGCACCUUGAAUGUUGGCUCCACAUUCGAAAUCAAUUUCAUAGUUACGGAAAGUCUCCUGGCGACAGUAGCAACAUUUGAGCUCUAUACUACCAUCGAUAGCUAGAAACCUGGACACUGCGUCCCAUGUUGAUUGCCCCUUGGCUCCAUGGAUCCAUGUAUCUACAGAAUGAGCCAUUGAGGUACACAUAGUAUAACAAAUGAGAGGUCGGAUUUCUUGCGAUUCAGAAAAAAGAGCACCACCCAAUAUACAUAG